CAUUGCUCGAAGAUCUGCAGAACAAAACUCUUCUAUUUCAUUUUUUUCAUUAGCAAAAAAAGCCUAUCUUAAAACAAAGCGAUGGCCGACCCCAUCGAACCAUCAACGUCAUCGAGCGACCCGAAUUCGAUUCCAAUACCGACCGCUAUCCUACACCCGCGACGCGAGCCUUUCGAGCACGGUCUCCUAACAAUCCAGAAGCUCAUAUUCAACGAUCCCGUCCAAGCAUUAACCCCUCUAAAGCAAAAAUUCGCAUCCCCCUCAACUCAACGAGUCGACUCGGCGGCCCUCGCUGAGUUGCUACAGAUCUCAUUCGACCAUUCGCGUCUCGUCCUUGAAACUCUCGCUUCUGUCCUCCACUCGGAAUCCGACCCGCUCGUAACCGCCCUGCCGGAUGAUGUCGACUCCAUUGGUGCCGAUUUGCGUGAUCUGAUCCUGUUUUUGUAUAUUCAAUCGUAUAAGAGGCUUUUGCCGCGCUCGCACAAGGACUCCGCUGCGGUUGCCGAUGUCUGGCCUUCCAUGUCAGCAUUCGAUGGUUACUUGUCGGCCCUUUCGCCUUUGCAGCUUGUCCGCAGCAACAGCCGCCGAUAUAUGCCAUCACAAGCUGAUGAAGAGGCCCACCAGCUGUCCUAUCUACAAAAGCACUUGGCUAAUAUUCUCUCUCUUCUGUCAGAGCAUGUGGAGGGGGAAAGUGAAGAGUCUCUGGUUUUAACCAUGGAAGGGUUUGAGCACCUUGGUUUCCUGAUUCAAUUUGGUGAUAAGGGAUCAGGAGGAGUUCCUUUAAGCCAAGCUGCUCCAUUUUUUGCUAAUUCAGAUCCAGACAUGCCUGCUGCACCUGUUCCAGUAUCACAAGUUCAUGAUUGGCUUCUGCAGACUAUAGCUUCUUCUUUGGAGUCUAUUACUGAAAAAGUUUCUGCAAAAGAAAACGGUUCUCCUAGUGGCUCUGACCAGGAUAUUGCUAUGGCUGAUGCUAGUCCAAGUUCUGCCAAAGCCUCACCUAGUGCGAGGAGUCCGUGUUUUGUUGAGGGAGUCUCUAAAUCAUCUUAUGUAAAGCAGGCAUCUGACCUUAAAAGUUCUUCCGUAAAGGUUAUUAAUUGCCAUGAUUCAACUAUUUACAUUUUAGCACCUUUGAGAUAUGCCAUUAUUUAUGGAUGCUCAGAUGCUACUAUAGUUCUUGGAGCUGUUGGCAAGGCUGUAAGAGUUGAACACUGUGAACGUGUUCAUGUGAUUAUAGCAGCGAAACGAGUCUGCAUUGCCAAUUGUCGUGAGUGUGUAUUCUUUUUGGGAGUGAACCAACGUCCCCUUUUUGUUGGCGAUAACCACAAACUACAGGUGGCACCAUAUAAUACGUACUACUCCCAGUUGGAGGAGCACUUGACUGAAGUUGGCAUUGUGUCAACUAUCAAUAGAUGGGAUGAAGCUUUGUCGAUUAGUGUGAUUGAUCCACACGAUUCAUUAUCUCACCCUGCAGGUGUUUCUGAUGCUCAAUCUGAGUCAGCUACAUGCCUAGAUCCUGAUCAGUUAACGAAUUUCCUGAUUCCAAACUGGUUUGAAAAUGAAUCUACUGGAUCGACAAAGGAUAACCCGUUCCCAUUACCUGAUGCGUACAUGACAUCUCAACAGAGAAAUCAAAAGAAUUUAAGUGAGAUAAAGCAAAUGUUGAGAGAAGCUCCCCUUGAAGAAAAUUGGAAAAGAGAACUAUCCAGUGCUCUUCAUGUGUACUUCAAAGACUGGUUAUAUGCUUCUGGAAAUAUUCGUCAACUGUACUGCCUACAAGGUGACUGAUAUACCUCAGGGUCUCACACUGCAUGUUCUGACGAGUUAUAGAAGAAUGGUUUACGGUUUUUGUUUCGGUUUAAACCCAUUUUGGCAGUUCCUCAUAUAAAAUUUCUGUAAGGUAGAAGAGGGAAUUGAGAAUCAGCCCAUGUAAUUGAGAACAGCACAUAAGUUUUAUGGAUUGGCUCAUGUGCACAUAGUGCUUUUCUCAAAUGUAAUAUUCUUUUUUUGAUAAAAAAGAAAAGAAAUAAUUUAUUUUCUGUAA